AUGUUUUCUUCCUCAACGAACAAUAGCGGCAAUAGCUGGAACACGGCAACCAGUUUUGGGAAGUCGCUGUCCUUUGCUGGACCUUCAAGCACGUCUGGAGGAUUAUUUGGAAGCAGUGCUAAUGGGCCUAGCACUGGUGGAGGAGGAUUGUUUGGCCAAACCAACUCAAAUUCUGGUACAUCAGGUUCUACAGGAGGAGGGUUGUUUGGAAAUAGCAACUCUUCGACCUCCAACCCUCCAGCAUUGAGUGCAGCUGGUGGGUUGUUUGGCUCAUCUAAUCAACAGACUACUCAAAACCAGCCGUCCGCCAUUGGAGGUGGUGGUUUAUUUGGCAACAGUGCACUGUCAAGCUUGGGGUUCAAUCAAAGUCAAUCCCAGAACCAGAACCAGAAUCAGAACCAGAAUCAGAACCAGAAUCAGAAUUCUGGCAGUACUGUAGGCGGCCUUUUUGGAUCAGCCAAGUUACCGGGCGCUACAUCCUCCGGCGGGUUGUUUGGAUCAUCAACAACAGGCUCCAAUCUGCUCAACUUGAAUAGUAAUAACACAGGUCUAUUCAAUAACAGUAAUAACAACAUCGGCAUCAAUAGUAACAGCAAUAAUUUGAGUGCAAAUUCCAAGGGUGGUAGCUCUUUUAACGCAAACCCCUAUAAUUAUGAUACUUCGUUUGCUAAAAUCAGACAAAAUGUGGAUCUGAUGCCCAACUCGAUCACUGAGAAUUUAUUCUUGAAUGAUGACAAGGCUACUGAUAAGAACAAAGAAACGAGUAGAAAAAGAGGGUUCUCAGAAGUAAGUAAACCAAACCUGAUCAAUUCUCUGUCAUCUUCUGCCUCAUCGUCCUCAUUAUUGUCCAGACUCGGUCAGACUAUAAGGUAUUUCCGUUCAAAUUUCUCGUCGGGUUCAUCUCAGGCACCCUCCAUAGCGAAACAAGACCACGAUCCAGCAUUAAAGGGCAUAUUCACGGCAUCUAACUAUGUGAGCUAUAAAUCCAGUCAAAAUGUGAGUGCAAACGUAGCUGCCCAAGUGAAUAGCAGCAAGAGAUCAAGACAAUCCCCUUCAAAAUAUUCAGCCAGAGUUCAUUCUAGCCUGCUGAGUGACUUCAAAAAGUUAGUAAUUAAAUCCAAGCCGUUGAAAUUUCAUCUCAUAGAUACAGAAAAGGUGUUCAAUUCAAAACGUAGAAGGGUUUUAGUUGAAGAUGAAAAGAUCGUUCUGUCGGACGAUAUUUUGAACAAGAACGGUAAUUCAUUCUUAGCUGAUGAUGAUGAUGAUGAUGAUGACGAUGACGAUGACUUUGAAACAAGCAAAAGCGGCAAUUACGGAAAGCCCUACAGUCGUUCAGCUUAUAACUCGAACAAAAGCGUGAAACAAACUAUAAUCAACCAAGAUAAAUUGAAGGAGGAAAAUAAAUUGGAUGAUAGAGACCUCAAUAAUGGAUAUUGGUGCUCACCUUCAAUUUCCGAAUUGAUCAAGUUGUCAGUGAAAGAAUUAUCUGAAGUUGAUAAUUUCAUUAUUGGGAGAGUUGGGUAUGGACAAAUUUCAUACAACUUUCCUGUUGAUUUAUCAGGAGCUGCUAUGACAUGUAAACAAAACGAAGAAACUCUCAAUAAAGAACUAUUCGGUAAGAUAGUGCAGUUCAAAAAGAAACAUCUUUUGGUGUAUGAAAACUUCGGAGAUGAGAAACCUCCCAUUGGGUUUGGACUAAACGUCCCUGCCACUAUUACAUUGGAAAACAUAUUUGCCAAGGAUGGCGAAAAUAGUUCCCAAUUUAUAAAGAAAUUACAAAACCUUAAGGGAAUGGAUUUUGUGACCUACGACUUAAUCACUGGAAGCUGGGUUUUCAAAGUAAUGCAUUUCAGUGUUUGGGGUUUGGUUGAAGAAGAAGAUAAUGAAGAAAACGAUGAAAAGCUACUUGCAAUUAAAAGGAACCAAGAUUCUAGAGAAGAGGAAUCAAGAUUAGAAGCAUCCAAAAUAUACGGAACACCAGAGUAUAGAGAUGAAAUCAAAAGACAAAAAUUGAAAAGCUAUACAAACCAACUACCAGGUGGCUGGGAAAAGUUAUCAGAAUCUCAAUUGCAAGAUCGAGCUCUAGCCAUAAAAAGAGGGUUAGUUGAAGACGAAGUCAAUCAAGAAUUGAACAAUUUUGUUGAAGAACAGAGAAUGCACCACAUAAAUGAUGAUGUUGCUGACAUUACCAUAGACGAAGAGGAGGAAGAUAAUUUGAUUAAAUCUCCCGAUAUUUACAAUGGUGAUGCUGAAACAAGAGAUAGGUUCGACGAUACCUAUGGUGAAAUUCAACUGGGAAAAUUGAAGUAUUUGAAGCAACUUGUAAGUGUGUUACCAAGAAAUAUUGACUUGAACGAUCUAGUGGAUGAAAAGGCUUAUGAGCCUGAGGUGACAGACGACCAAAUCUUCGACAAUAUUCAGGUGAGACCUAAUCUUGCUAUCUCUGAUGAUUGGCUAGUGCAAUUGGAGUUAUCAAAUGAUAUAAACAGUUCAUUAAAUCCACUCAAAUGGAAUCAGAAAAAUCUUCCAGAACUUGAAAGUGGUAGAGGAAUUCUUGGUAGUGAUUUGGAUAAUAUUUUAUUUAAUGACUUCAACAAGGAGGCAUCACAGAUAGGCAUAGAUAUAGACGAAGUAGGCUCUAAGAGAUUGGCAAAACUUUCAGACUCCAAGAAGAAGCUUACCUCAGCUGUGGAUACAACUAUUUCAAAGGUACUUAGAGAUUUACUUCUGAAAUCAGAAAUAAAUUCUCGCAAUACCACUGGUUAUCCGAAGGUAUCCAAUACUGUCGAUUUUACCUUUCGGGACUUGUUCUUGUUAGAUAGUGAUUUAUCCAUUGUCAAACUAUGCUAUGCAUUAUUCGAAGAUAUUCCACUUUCUGCAAGUCUUAAUAUUGAUUCAUCGAAUAAAAAGUUGGUUACUCAUUUAAGAAAUUUACAGAGGAGAAAUCUUUUGAAAGAUUGGUUGAAAGAAUUGAACGGGGUUGCUGUUGAAAAUUUAAUUAUAGAGUCUUCUGAUAUUGGCGAUUCUUUGUCGUCUAUAUUUUAUAUCUUAUGCCUUGGAGAUAUCAAGCGAGCAGUUGAAGUGGCUACCAACUCCAGAAACAGCCAUCUUGCUGUAUUGUUGACUCAAAUUGAUGCAAAUGACUCUGGGGCUAGAGAAAUUGCUCUGGUUCAAUUGAAAUACUGGAGUCAAAAUGGUGCAACAGAACUUAUUCCUGAAUCAUUAAUUAAAAUAUACUCUGUUCUUGCGGGCGAGUUUGAUGAAGUUGCCAAUAACCUCCCAUGGAGUAUUGGAUUUGCUUUGAAAUAUAUUUAUGGUUCCUUGAACAAUUCAUUAUCAGCAUCGGUAGCUGAAUUCCAGAAUCAAAUCAGCUCGGGUCCCAUUAAAGAUGUUUUCAAUUUGGUAGUGUUGCAAAAAGGCGAAAAUCACACAGCUAAUGUCAUCGAAUCACUUCGAGCUAGUGAGAAUAUAUCAUUGAAAUUAAAGUGGUUGAUUUCUGUCAUUUUUUCUUCGGGAAGUGGUAAGGACUUUGUUCCCGACGAUUUAACUUCAGAAUUUGGUCAAUACUUAGUUGCAAACGGUUUGUGGAAAGAUGCAAUAUACGUAUAUAGUAGGUUGCAAGACGACCAAGAGAAUUCAUUGAAGACUAAGGAGUUGAUUUUCGAAAAUAUUGAGGAAAUAUUAGAAACUUCAUCUGAAAGUUACUUGGUGGAAGUGUUAAAAAUCCCGCAGUCUUUAAUCCACGAAGCUAUUGCUGAAAACGAAGGUAAGAGAGGAGACCAUUGGAAACAAUGUGAAGCGUACGUGAAGGCUAAGUCUUGGGAAAAGGUUCACGACUGUAUAACAACGCAUAUUGGGCCAUCCACUGUGAUUUCCAAGAAUUUGAGAGAUAGAAAUCAGUUAUUGGACAUAGUUGACCAAAUUCCUCAACGAGGAUUAAUCAUUCCACAAUGGGCCCAAGGAGCUGGAAUUUUCGUACAGUACAUCGAGUUAUUGAAGUACCAACACGAGAACUUCUCAGAAUAUACAGAAGAGUAUAAGUCACUUAUCAACUCGCUUAUUACAAAUAUCCCAUUGAUAAAAACUUCUCCAACUACCCCAUUUGAAAAUAGUGUUGCAUUGAUUAUCAUUUCCAAGAAGGUUGGAGAUUGGGCCAUAAAAAUGGGAGGCUUUUCAAAGGAAAAAAUAUUAUCUUUGAAACUAGGAGAGAACGAAAUCCAGUAUUUCAAAAACAGGUUGGCAAUUGCAGAGGACAUAGACGGAAUAGCGGUGUAG